AAAAGGGCGCAGAAACCGAAUCAUAAUCAGUUAAUCACACAAGUUGACCUGAACCCCGUCCCACUUGUUCUUUUCCUUUCGGAUUGAGCAAAACCCAUUGCUCCCUUUAUGUUCAAGUUCAAAACCCAUCAAUCAUCAUCUCUGUUCUUCAACAAAUUCUGGUACAUUUUUUCAUGAUCAUCUUACUGCUUAGCACUUACGCUAUCAAAUGCUUAAAAGUAUUCAUUUAAUCAACGUUUUCCCACUUUUUUCUGUGCGUUUAAAGAGCUAUUAGUCAACCUUUGAAACGCCCACAAACAACUACAACUAUAGGAUUAUAUCUACCCUUCAUUCACCCCAAACAGUAAUCAAUACCCAGUUGAUAAAUUAUUCAAAUAAUGUAUCCAAAGGUGAAAGUAAGAUCGUUAGAGGGAGAUAAUGAUAAUUUUGAUUUCCCCAUUAUUCCUAUUGAGGGUUUUGAUUCUUUCUCAAUUAGAGAUUCUAGUCCUCCUGUAAAAGGAGUUAAAUUGGCAGCAUCUGUUGCCAGGAUACCGAGGUCAUACAUUCCAAGAUCGAUUACUCCGCCCCCUUCCUUGCCAACACCUGCUGCAAACAAGAGUGAAUUGGAACAAGAUGGUAGGAAACCCCGUAUCAGAGCUAGCUCUAUCCCAAGGCCACGUGCUGUCGUUUCAAGCCCUGAUAAUGACCAAAUUCUGGGAACUAAAAACAAAAUGAGGUUACAACGACCAUCAGCGAUGAGAACCCCAACCUUGGCUCAGAGCAGGCAACUGGAAGGAAGGUCCACUCGAACGAUGAAUACUAAGAAACCGUUGAAAAGCAUUGAAAGUAAGGCUACUACCCAUACAAAAGAUAUUAAAGAAAAUAAAGGAUCGAAUACAAAUGUAAGCAAAGCAAAACCCGGUGAAAAUAAGGUUGCUACUCGUGUGAACGAUGUGAAGGAAAGGAAUGUAUCGACAUUACAUGUUAGAGUUCCGAUAUCAGAUAUAAGUAAGGCGAAACCAUGCUUCAUGGUUACAUGAUUAUACGUUAAUGUUGAUAUGGUACUGUUGGAGUUAUUACUAUAAACUUACACUUAAUCAGUGAAAGGUGUCCAAAGUAUAUAUUUCCCCUCGGGGUGAUCAUAUUCGCAACUGAGAUUCAUGGAAUCUGUUGUGCUUAGGGUUUUGACGUAAAACCAUGGAAUAAAAACAAGGUCGUUACGUAACGGCUGCUUUGUAACAACUAACAACUACGUGAAACUCUGUUAGUUAGUUAGUUAAUUAAUGAAAGAGGAUGUCCUAAGAAUAUAUUCCCCUCGGUGUGAUCAUAUUGCAACUGAAAUUCAUGAUUUUAUUGUGCUUCGGAUUUUGUUUGUUUUUGGCUUACAACCAUGGAAUAAAAUAAGGCAAUUACGUUAUAUAAUAGCUUUGUAACAGAUUUUGCUUACCGAUAUGCCAAGUCUAAUGAAUUUAAACAUAUUAGUCAUUAUAAUCAUUAUUUUGAUGUAUGUAUUAGAUUUUACUAUUAAGCUUCAAUAUAAAUAUA